AUGUCGGUCCCAAGCGCACUCAUGAAGCAGCCGCCCAUUCAGUCUACGGCUGGGGCCGUCCCAGUUCGCAAUGAGAAAGGUGAGAUUUCAAUGGAAAAAGUGAAAGUAAAACGUUAUGUAUCUGGGAAAAGGCCAGAUUAUGCCCCUAUGGAGUCCUCAGAUGAAGAGGAUGAAGAAUUUCAAUUCAUUAAGAAAGCUAAGGAACAAGAAGCAGAGCCUGAGGAACAGGAGGAAGAUUCAUCCAGUGACCCCCGACUUCGGCGUUUACAGAAUCGCAUUAGUGAAGAUGUGGAAGAGAGAUUGGCUCGACACCGAAAAAUAGUAGAACCUGAAGUGGUAGGAGAAAGUGAUUCAGAAGUAGAAGGAGAUGCCUGGCGCAUGGAACGAGAAGAUAGCAGCGAAGAAGAAGAGGAAGAAAUUGAUGAUGAGGAAAUAGAGCGGCGCCGUGGCAUGAUGCGUCAGCGAGCACAGGAGAGGAAAAAUGAAGAGAUGGAAGUCAUGGAAUUAGAAGAUGAAGGGCGCUCUGGGGAGGAGUCGGAGUCAGAGUCUGAAUAUGAGGAGUACACAGACAGUGAAGAUGAAAUGGAGCCUCGACUUAAGCCUGUCUUCAUUAGAAAGAAGGACCGAGUGACAGUUCAAGAACGAGAAGCUGAAGCAUUGAAACAAAAGGAACUGGAGCAGGAAGCAAAACGUAUGGCUGAGGAGCGGCGCAAGUACACACUAAAGAUUGUAGAAGAAGAGACCAAGAAAGAGCUGGAGGAGAACAAGCGGUCUCUUGCUGCACUGGAUGCGCUCAAUACAGAUGAUGAAAAUGAUGAGGAGGAAUACGAGGCCUGGAAAGUCAGAGAGCUCAAAAGAAUCAAGAGGGACAGAGAAGACCGAGAAGCGCUUGAAAAGGAGAAAGCAGAGAUUGAACGCAUGCGAAACCUGACUGAGGAGGAAAGGCGAGCUGAACUUCGGGCGAAUGGCAAAGUCAUUACCAACAAAGCCGUUAAGGGGAAAUACAAGUUUUUACAAAAGUAUUAUCACCGGGGUGCCUUCUUCAUGGAUGAGGAUGAAGAGGUCUACAAGAGAGAUUUUAGUGCACCUACUCUUGAGGACCAUUUCAACAAAACCAUUCUUCCAAAAGUCAUGCAGGUCAAGAAUUUUGGACGGUCUGGUCGUACCAAGUACACCCACCUUGUAGAUCAAGAUACAACUUCCUUUGACUCUGCAUGGGGCCAAGAGAGUGCCCAGAACACAAAGUUCUUUAAACAAAAGGCAGCUGGGGUACGUGAUGUAUUUGAGCGACCAUCUGCCAAGAAGAGGAAAACCACCUAGGUUUCAACUACUUAUUCCAACUCUGGGACACAAGGACAUCUGGUCCUCAGUUUUCUUUACCCAUUAUUUACAUAGUUCUUGUAUAGAGCCUUCUGGACUUCCUGCCAUAAUGUGUGUUUGAAGGUGCUUUGUGAGAAGUUUGGAAUCAUCCUGAGAAACCCACAGAAAAGCACUAGCCAGGUAGGGUUAGAGGCUUUCCACUUUAAAACAGUUUCUGAGAAAUCUUAGGUUUCUCUACCAUGGCUUCCCAUAUUGACUUGGGACUAUUCUGAGUUUAUUUUUCCAGCAUCUUAGCCUGGAUCGGCUAUGUGGGCAUGUCAGUGGAUGACGCAGUACUUCUUCCUUAGGGUCAAGAGCAGGAAAUCUAAACUCAAUCCAACAUGUUUUUGCAUUUGGAAUGUUGAAUCUACUUUUCUAAGUAAACAUACUUUUUAAUCCGUGUGUGUGUGUGUGUGUGUGUGUGUGUGUGUGUGUGUGUUUAAGGAGAGAGAGAAUUACCACACACCAGAAGUGUAAUCUGACACUCUUAACCCACUCAAAAGAGGCUGAGUAUGGUGGCUCAUGCCUUUAAUCUCAGCACUGGAAGGUAGGGACCCAUAAAGAUCUCUUGUUCAAGGCCAGCCAGAGCUACAUAGUAAAACCCCAUCUCAAAAAGAAAAAAAAAAAUCUAAUACCUAAAAUAAAGUAUUGCUAGGCAUGGUGACACAUACCUGUAAGCCCAGUACUUGGAAAGUAGAAACAGGAAAAUCAAGAAUUUGGUCAUCCAAGCAAGGCAUGGUGGUUCAUGCAUUUUUAAUCCCAGCACCCUGAAGGCAGGGGCAGGUGGAUCUCUUGAGAUUGAGGCCAGCCUGUUCUAUAGAGUGAGUUUCAGGAAACCCUAGGCUACACAGAGAAACCCUGAUUUAAAAAAAAAAAAAAUUCAGUCAUCCUAAACUACAUAAUUCAGGGCUUACCUGAACUAUAUGAGACUUUUUGUCUCAAAAAUAAAUAAAAUAUAGCAAU